UAAUGCAUCAACUUGAAGGCGAUUUGCUUCAUCCGCUUGCUUGCAUCUUCUGUUUAUAAAAAGGGCACCCAGCUCCAGCACACAUCCAUUCCAAGCACUUGUUGGAACGUGAUGGCAACGAGCAACGGCUCGCAGCACCCAGCAGCGACACCUCCCGAGCCGCUCCGAGGCCGGGUGGCCAUCGUGACGGGAGGCUCCGGGGGCAUCGGCGCCGCGGUCACUGCGCACCUGGCGUCCCUCGGCGCCCGCGUCGUGGUCGGCUACAUCGGCGACCCGGCCCCCGCGGAGCAGCUCGUCGCGGCGCUCAACUCGGGGUCCGGGGCGCCGCGCGCCGUCGCGGUGGGCGCGGACGUGUCCGACCCGGCGCAGGUAGCGCGCCUGUUCGACGCGGCGCAGGCGGCGUUCGGGCCCGACCUGCACGUCCUGGUGGCCGCCGCGGGGGUGCAGGACGCGGCGUACCCUUCCAUCGCCGACACCAUGCCGGAGCAGUGGGACCGCGCGUUCGGCGUGAACGCGCGCGGCGCCUUCCUGUGCUGCCGCGAGGCGGCGCGGCGGCUGACGCGCGGCGGCGCGGGGCGCAUCGUCACCUUCUCGUCCUCCAACGUGGGGUCGCUGCGCCCGGGGUACGGCGCGUACGUGGCGACCAAGGCGGCCGUGGAGGCGAUGACCAAGGUGCUGGCCAAGGAGCUCGCCGGGACGGGGAUCACGGCCAACAGCGUCGCGCCGGGGCCCGUCGCCACGCCCAUGUUCUACGCCGGCAAGUCGGAGGAGCGCGUUGCGGCCGUGGCGCGCGAGUGCCCCAUGGGGCGGAUCGGCGAGCCGGACGACGUGGCGCCGGUGGUGGGCUUCCUGUGCACGGACGCCGCCGGGUGGAUCAACGGGCAGGUCAUUCGUGUCAACGGUGGCUACGUGUAAAGCGCCAUUGGCGCAAUCACCUUCACAAUCGAUCACUAUAUCACCCGAUCUAUUAAUUUCUCGUCCGAGCCAUCUUAAA